AUGUCACGGAACAACGGAAAUCCGGACGGCGAUCAAGCUGGAUUCUCGGGAGGAGGAGAAGAAGACGUGUCAGCAGUCUCGAUGUCGGAAGUUAUGCGUCAGAUGGCAAUCCAGAACAACCGUCUGAUGGCCCUACUCGAACAAGUCACCGGAGGGACACAACCGGCACAACGAAGCGCUCCUGAACACAUCAUAGAAUCUAUCUCAUCGUCCAUCAAAGAAUUCCGCUUCGAUCCAGAAAACGGAUCAACAUUCGACCGCUGGUUCUCAAAAUACGAAGAUCUCUUCAGACAGGACGGCAGAAACCUGGACGACCCGGCGAAGGUGCGGCUAUUACUCCGUAGCCUCAGCGUUUCCGUUCACGAGAAAUUUUUGAAUUAUCUCCUGCCGAGCCACCCACGCGAUUAUACGUUCGAUCAAGUUGUGGAGAAGUUGAAGACAAUUUUCGGACAACAGAAGUCUAUUUUCAGCAAGCGUUACGAUUGCCUCCAGCUAUCCAAGAAUGAAGCGGAUGAUUUCGUCACCUAUGCUGGUAUCGUCAACCGGCAGUACGAAGAAUUCGAACUACAGAAACUGUCAGUCAACCAAUUCAAGAGCCUUUUUUUCAUCUGCGGACUGAAAUCUGCGAAGGACACGGACGUGAGGACCCGACUUCUAUCAAAGCUCGAGUCUGAUACAGCCGAUACCAACAUCGAAGGAUUAGUGACCGAAUGCCAACGUCUGUCAAACUUGAAGCAUGAUACGGCGUUGGUCGAGAAGAAGCAUUCAUCUUCAGCGGUUCAAGCGGUUCGUCAGUUCAAGAAGCAAGGCCAGAAGCAGUCAAAAGCCACAAUGCAAGACGGUAACGGUAAGCUUCCUCCAUCCCCGUGCUGGCAGUGUGGAGCCAUGUACUUUGUGAAAGAUUGCCAGUUCUCAAAACAUAUGUGCAAGCAGUGUGGAAGAAUGGGCCAUAAGGAAGGGUACUGCAACUGUUCAUCGAAAGCUUCAGCAUCAACAUCCACUGUCGACAAGAAGAUCAGCAAAAAGGAUAAGAAACUCCAAAUGAAGACAAUCCAAUCUGUGAAGCACAUUCGGAGUCGAAGACGUUACGUGACGGUCAUCUUCAACGGCAUCGAAGCAGAGUUGCAGCUUGACUGUGGCUCGGAUAUCACGUUGAUCUCACAAGAAACCUGGGAGAAGAUUGGCAAGCCUGCUAUCAAAUCCACUCGAAUGGAAGCGACUACAGCGUCUGGAGAACCACUGGAACUUCUUGGAGAUUUCGCAACGACUGUCAGCAUCAGCGAUGUUUCUCUGAAGCAGCAUUGCUACAUUACUUCGGUCGAAGGUCUCAACGUGAUCGGUCUGGAUUGGAUGGACGCAUUUGAUCUGUGGUCAAAACCGCUCGCUGCCCAUUGCAAAAGGGUGAAUUUGACGAAGUUUCCCCGCGACGAUCAGCACUUCGUUACACGGUUUCCGGAAGUCUUCCAGGACGGAUUGGGUCACUGCACGAAAACGAAGAUCAGUCUAACCCUGAGACCAGAUGUGCAGCCAAUUUUCCGGCCAAAACGACCAGUACCAUUCCAUGCCACUCAAAAAGUCGAAGAGGAACUGGACAGACUCCAAAGCUUGAACAUCAUAACACCCAUCGAUUUUUCGGAUUUGGCAGCCCCGAUCGUUGUCGUCAAGAAGCCUGGCGGAAAGGUCCGUAUAUGCGCCGAUUAUUCCACCGGACUCAAUGAGGCACUAGAAGCAAACCACUACCCUCUACCAACUCCAGAAGACAUUUUCACCAAACUCGCAGGCAAGCGUGUUUUCAGUAUUAUUGAUCUUUCCGACGCCUACCUACAAGUGGAAGUUGAUGAUGUUUCUAAGAAGCUCCUGACAAUCAACACCCAUCGUGGAUUGUACAGAUUCAACCGGCUGGCACCUGGAGUAAAAUCAGCACCUGGCGCUUUCCAGCAGCUCAUGGCGAUGAUGAUAGCAGAUUUGGAAGGAGUUGACGCUUUUCGGGAUGACUUCAUCGUUCACAGCGAAGACGAAGAAAGCCACUAUAGAAUCCUCACUGCACUCUUCAAGCGACUUCGUGAAUACGGUUUCCGUUUGCGUCUGGAGAAAUGCAAGUUCAACCAGGAGGAGAUCAAAUAUCUGGGACUCAUUGUCAAUGAAAAUGGAAUCCGACCCGAUCCAACGAAGAUUGAAGCGAUAGUCCACAUGCCAGCUCCAACCAACGUCAGCACAUUGCGGUCAUUCCUUGGCGCCGUGAACUUUUAUGGCAAAUUUGUACGAGAGAUGCACCAACUUCGCCAUCCUCUGGACAAUCUUUUGAAGAAGGACGCCAAAUUCAUCUGGAGCAAGGAGUGCCAACAAGCGUUUGCGGACAUCAAACGGAUUCUACAAUCAAACCUGCUUCUCACCCACUACAAUCCGGAAUUGGACAUCAUCGUUGCUGGUGACGCGUGCAAGACGGGCAUUGGUGCAGUCCUGAUGCAUCGUUUCCCCGACGGAUCCAUCAAAGCGGUUUCACAUGCAUCCAAAUCGCUCAAUCAAACUGAGCAGAACUACAGUCAGAUUGAGAAAGAAGCACUUGCGUUGGUUUUCGCCUGCACAAAAUUCCAUCGCAUGCUUUGGGGUCGACGAUUCACGCUGCAAACAGAUCACCAGCCGUUAUUGAAGAUUUUCGGAUUCAAGAAGGGAAUUCCAGUUCAUACCGCCAAUCGACUUCAGCGAUGGGCACUCACGCUAUUGGGUUACGACUUUGGUAUCGAGUACGUCUCAACACAAAACUUUGGAUACGCUGACGUUUUAUCACGCCUCAUCAACAACCACGAGAAGCCUGAGCAGGAAGCGGUUAUUGCUAUGGUCCAUAUCGAAGCUGAUGUCACUUCUGGUCUGCAAGAUACGCUAUCAAAUCUUCCUGUCACAUCCGAAGUGGUCCGAGAUGCUACAUCAAAAGAUCCAGUGUUGCAAAAGAUAACAUCCUACAUCAAAAACGGCUGGCCAUUGCGCGCUGAAGCUAUCUGUGAAGCUGAAGUUAAACCAUUCUACACUCACCGAGAAUCGUAUUCCACGGUUGGCGACUGCGUGAUGAUGAUGGAUCGAGUGGUUGUUCCAAAAUGCCUUCAAAAGCGUAUCCUGAAGCGAAUUCAUCAAGGUCAUCCUGGAAUCGAGAGAUCAAAGGCGAUUGCCCGAGGGAUUGUUUUCUGGCCAAGAAUCGAUUCUGACAUUGCUGACUACGUACGCCGAUGUUCAAAUUGUGCCAGCGCUGCCAAGUCUCCACCCCAAGCGGAACCUCAACCCUGGCCGAGAGCAAAUGGUCCAUGGCAACGUCUUCAUCUGGAUUUUGCUGGUCCCUUGGAAGGAUAUCAUUACCUGGUUGUGGUGGACUCUUAUAGCAAAUGGCCAGAAAUUCUGCAGACGCGAUCACCAACAAGCUCAACAACAAUUUCCUUUCUUCGUGAAUGUUUUGCUCGAUUCGGUAUACCAACGGUGGUUGUAACAGACAAUGGAAGCCAAUUCGUAAGUGCUGAAUUCAGGACAUUUUGCGAAGAACUAGGAGUCGUUCAUUUGCGCACCGCACCAUAUCAUCCGCAAUCUAACGGGCAGGCGGAACGGUUUGUAGAUACCCUCAAGCGCUCCUUGAAGAAAAUUAUUGGGGGAGGAGAAACGUCGACUUCAACUGCUCUUCAAACGUUCCUGCACAUCUACAGAUCAACACCAUCCGCCGUUCUGGACGGAGAAUCACCCGAUGAAAGAAUGCUCGGACGUUCUAUGAGGACUACUCUGGAUCUCCUACGACCUACUUCCCAGUUUGUCGGUCUGAAACCGAAGCUCAACCGUGAAUUUGAAGCUGGAUCGUCUGUGUACGCCAAAGUUUAUUCAAGCAAGGAUCUCUGGAAGUGGAUGCCAGUCGUCACUGUCCAUGUGGGACCCACCGGAACCGACCGGGAUCGCACUGGCCGCAUAGUUCCGGACCAGAUUGGAGAACGAGGUCGCUCCGUCAUUGGUUUGCAGGAUGUACAUCAGCACGCUUUCGAUCUGCACCUGCCCGAUCAGGGUGCUGAAGAAGAGAUCCUCGAGAUUAUGCCGCUGCUGUCGCUGCUGCUGGUGGUGGCUGGAUUCGUAGUAGUCGUCAUCGUCAUCCUGGCCACCGCGGAUGUUCUCCUCGCUCCGGCUUGCCAUCAGUCGGGUGUGCUUCUGUUUGUAGUAGUCCCGGAAGCUGCCAAGUACCAUGUCUUGGAUUUUGGCUAG